UCCUACAGGAGACCUGGCGAGCCUCCAUUGCUAAAAGGCUGGCUUCCUUACUUUGGACUGAUCCUGAAGUUACAAAAAGAUCCCAUAGGUUUCAUGAGAACUCUUCAAAAUCAACAUGGGGACACAUUUACUCUUCUCCUUGGUGGAAAGUACAUUACGUUUGUUCUGGACCCUUACCAGUUCCCGUUAAUGAUGAAAAAUCAAGAAUUAAGCUUUCAAUUGUUUAGUAAGAAUUUAGUAAGGAAAGCAUUUGCCAUCCAUAAUUUGGUGACCAAUGAGGACAUGAGCAAUGAACUUCAUGACUGCUAUAAACUUUUACAAGGGAAAUCUUUGGAUAUACUCUUGGAAGAUGUGAUGCAGCACCUACAACAAGUUUUUGAACCCCAACGACUUAAAACCACAAAUUGGAAGACGGCGUACCUGUGGACAUUCUGCAGCUCAGUAAUAUUUGAGACUACAUUUGUAACUAUCUAUGGAAAAUCUCUUGCUGAUGAUAGGAAAAAAUUUAUUACUGAACUUAAAGAUGAUUUUUUUAAAUUUGAUGACAAAUUCAUAUAUUUAUUAUCAGAUAUACCCAUUGAGCUUCUAGGAAAUGUCAAGUCUUUUCAAAAGAAACUUAUAAAACACUUGACAUCAGAAAAGUUGGGUGAUGUACAAGGAUGGUCAGAAGUUGUUCAAAUGAGGCAAGAUAUCCUGGAGAAAUACUAUGCAUUCAAGGACUCUGAAAUAGGAGCACAUCAUUUAGGCUUUCUCUGGGCCUCUGUGGCAAACACUGUUCCAACUGUAUUCUGGACGAUCUAUUACCUUCUACGGCACCCAGAAGCUAUGGCAGUGCUGCGUGACGAAAUUGACCAUUUGCUACAGUCAACAGGUCAAAAGCAAGGGUCUGGAUGUUCCAUCCACAUCACCAGAGAACAAUUGGACAGCCUGGUCUACCUAGAAAGUGCCAUUUUCGAGGCUUUACGACUCUGCUCAUUUUCGUCCAUCAUUCGUUUUGUUCAAGAGGACUGGACGGUGCACUCAGAGACCCAGGACUACCUUAUACGAAAGGGCGACCUGGUAGCCGUCUUCCCUCCCCUCCUGCACUAUGACCCUGAAGUCUUCGACGCUCCAGAGGAGUACAGGUUUGACCGUUUUGUAGAAAAUGGUAAGAAGAAAACCACCUUUUUCAAAAGAGGGAAAAGGCUGAAGUAUUACAUACUGCCAUUUGGAAUGGGAGCCAGCAAAUGCCCAGGUCGAUUUUUUGCAAUUAGUGAAAUAAAGCAACUGUUAGCUGUACUUUUAACUUGUUUUGAUUUAGAAAUAAUGGAUGAUAAGCCUGUACAACUAGAGUAUAGCCGCUUCUUAAUUGGUAUUCAGCACCCAGAUUCUGAUGUUUUAUUUAGGUACAAAGCCAGAUCUUAAAGAAGCUAAAAGGGAAGGAAAGAGAUCCAUCAAAACUAACCUAAAUGUCGUCAGCUCAUCUAUUUGUUUUUAAUUUCUGCAAAUGUAAUUGCUUUGCUUCGUAUGUUAUAAAAAGUGUCUAUUUUUAUUUGAUCUGAGAUCAGUCCACUUUGUACUUGGUCAUAAAGUAAAACAAGAUGGUGGUGUGAAAAUGGACAUCACAAUUAACAUAAUAAUAAACUUAAAAUAGUGUUUUUAAGUGUCUACAUACUAUGAUUUUUCACCAGUGAUAAUAAAUAGAUGGCAGUAGAUUUGGCACUGUGGGAUUUUUUAAAGUCACUUAAAUUCUUCUCUAAUAUGUAAAUACACACUUUAUGUACUACUAGAAAUUUGUGCUGGAAAUGGACGCAGUCUAACAACUUCCAAAUUCACAGAGAAGAAAAUUAAAUUUCCAUGCGAUAGAUGGAAUGAAAUAUUCCCCUCAAGUAUAAUAUCAAUAAUAUCUAUAUCACCAGGGUAUGUUUGCAUUAAAUGAGUUUUGCAGUAGAUUAAAUACUUCAACUUCAAUAUUUAAUCAUCCAUAAAUGUUUUUAUUACUUGGAUAGUAUGGCUCAAUAGAACAAAAUUUCUUUUGAUAUAAGACCACUCACGUUCAAGUUAGAUACUGGUAAGACUUAAUGUAAAAGAGCACACAAAACCUAUUAUAUAUUCAGCAAUUGCCCUACACAUUAGUACUAGGUUUAUUGUAGAAGCAAAUGUUGAAAUCAUCACAGGAUUGAUUAUAGAAUUUGGCUUUAGUGUAAACUAUAAGAUUGUGCCAGUACGGCAGUUAAGUCUUUCCUAAAUGCUUCUAUAAACUGAGAAACUAGAUAGCAGUAUUUGUUCUUGACACCUCGCCUUUUGGACUUGGAGUUUAUUUGUUUUAUUUUGAAUUACAAUAUUAUGUAAUGGAAUAUAAUGUUAUAUGCCACAAUGCAGCAUUGUGUCCAUGAUUCAGAUAUUUCUAGUAUCAGAUUACCAAGUGAUUGAUUGUCUGGCAUCUGACAUAAAUGUUGAUGCUGUAUCUAAAGAGGCAGAGCAGGUAAUGAAACCCAGGUAAUUCAUGCUGCAUUAAGUAUAACUUCUAAUAUUUCAGAAGUGUGCUAUUGUUUCAAAAAGGAAAUUUAUUUUUAAAAAUAACAUUAUAAAGUACUUAGCAUACUUAAUAAGCCAAUAGAUUUUCUAGCAUUUAGUUUUCUUCUUCCUGAAAUACAUGCUCUAAAUUUUCUUUAGUGAAGGUCUUCUGGUCUAAACUCUGUUUUUGCUUGAUUGAAGAUGUUUUCAUUUUUGCCCUCAUUCUGAAAAUAUGAUUUCGCUAGGUGCACACGUCUAGGGUGAGAGCUUCCAUUGUUGUUUUCAAGAGGUUAGCCUUUAGUUAGUUUAAUUAUUCAGUAGGUAGUCUGCCUUUUCUCUCGGACAGCUUUAACAUGUUCUCUUUGUCUUCGAUGUUCUUAGUUUCUGUUUGUCAUGCUUGUGAUUCUUGAGUCUGAGAAUGUGUGUCUUUCAUCAAGUGUGGAAUAUUCUUAUCCAUUAUCUCUUUAAAUAUUACCUUUUUCUGGCCUUCUGCUAGAUUCUCUCACUCUAUGCUCACUCUAUACUCUCUCACUCUAUUCUCUUACUCCAUACCUUUCUCUCCAUAUUUUAUAUUUCUAAUUUACAUUCUAGGUAAUUUCUUUAGAUUUUUCAUCUAGUUUUUUGUCUGUACAGUGUAUUGAAUCUGCUUUUUAACACAUCCAUUGACCUUGUCUGUUUUUUCUUUUUACUUUAACCUCAAGUUCAUAGGAUUGAGUAAUCUUACUCCCUAUACCCAUUAGUUCAUGGUACACAACUAUACUUAGUCCAAGCAAGGCCCCCUGGGCUUUGUUUACUUAAUCUGUUUUAUCCCUAACUCCCACCAUCAGAGCCUCCCCAUCAUAGGCAAAUAUUCUAAUUGUUUUAUGUUUAUCUUUCUAUAAAACAUAUUAUUAUUUUGGGUGGAUGUUUUUGAUUUAUACAAAUGCAUUUUCUAUAAACUAGAUCCUUCUGAAUUUGAUAUUCCAUAAUGUGCAUCCAUCAUGUUUUAAUGAUCUAUUUAUCCAGGAAACUGUUGGUGGAACAGUUACUUUGAGGGAGAGGCCAAAGCCCAACCUAAAACUGCCCUCACUAUCUUCCCACUGCUCUGCUCAGCCACCCCCCACCCUGAGCUGCUGUACACCCUUUCCUCAAUCCCUGUACCACACACACACACACAGGCACACACACCCAAUUUAGGCCCUAGUCUUUCUCUCCUGCUUGCAACAAAGCAUACCCAUCCUUUUUGCACUAGGACAUCUAGCCUGCCAUAGCACCUGAAGGGGAAACCUUAGUAGUACAUUUCUAUGAUACGACAGCAGAGAGAAUGCAGGAAAGUAUUCCAUUUUAAUUUCUGCUCGAUUUAUAAUUAGAAGUGUGUACAGGAAUUUAGAAUAGAAAAUAAGAAUAAAUUAAAUGGUUGAGAAAAUAUUAUACAAAAGCAGUGGACAGUAGAACCAAAACAAGAGAGUCCUGUGACUCUCUUAAGUCUAGAAAUUAAAGAGUGUUUGUGGGUAGAAAAAAAUGACAUGAUGAAAUAAGUUAAAAGACAUGGAUUCUAGUUAUGACAUAACUGGUUUGUUAUCAUCAACAAGUCACUUUGCUUCUCAGUGCUUCAGUUUCCUUAUUUGCAAAAUAAAAAUAAAAAGGCCUUUUCAACACCAGGGUUCAUUAUGAGGAUUAAACACAGAAAGAGGUGUGAACGUAUUUUGAAAAGUGUAAUGCAAUAUGCAAACGUAAACUUGUAAAGGAGAGAUUUUAACAAUGUUGUGCCUUUGGAGAACUGUUUUUAUGUAUUUGUAAAAGGGAACGAUUUUUUGCCAUUGGUUAAUGCAUUAUUCAUUGAUUUGAUCAUUCAUGUAGCAUGGCUUCUAUUCUAGAUGUGAUGUUAUGCACUAGCUUACCUUUCCUCAAGAACACACAAUUUAUUAGAGAAAGCAACGUCUUCACAGCUACUUUAUUAUCAAUGUAGUUGUAAGUAGUAAAUCCAUUUCUUUAAAACUAUUCUAAAAUUCGGAUUUAUCACUUGUCCUAACCAACCUUCCAUCAUUUAUUUUACGGUAAUGUUUUGUAAUGAGCAAUUAUUCUGUGCAUAAUCAUACACAUUAAAACAUAUACAUCAGGCAUUAUGAUUGUAGGGUAAAAACAAGCAAAACCAAAUACAGUCAUUGAGACUUCAGACUUUUUGUUCGAAUUGUAUUUUAUAUAUUAUAAAAACCCAUGUUUUCAUUUGUAAGUCUCCCCUUAGUUUCAAAUGAAAGGAAAUUAAUAACUAGUAAUGUUUUAUAUCAAUGACCAACAGUAAUGAUGCAUUCAGUUAGCAAAAACUAAAUGCUCUGAAGGUAAUAGGAUAAAAGCUAUUUAUCGCUAAAUAAGGCAUGUGAUAAGCAACCCUUAUGGGAACUUUCAUCUGACUAGUUUUGGUUUUUCUCACACACUUCACUAUACGUUCUCUCAUUUCAUCAUUAAGUUUUGGGCCACGAGUCUAAGGGAAAGGAGUUUCCUGACUCAAAAUUUGCAUGAUUACUAUUUGCUUAUUUUCCCAUAAAAAAUAAUUUGGGUACCUUUUCCUAUAAGCAUCUUCUAAUUUAACAGUGGAAUCUUAAAACCAGUGUCAAAUCAAAGCUAAAAAUUAUCUAGGUUUUGAUUGUAGUGUAAAAUAAUGUCAAUAAUUAUAAAACAAGAAUUAUAUGCCAGUAGAAUGUGCACUGUUUUAACCUAUUAAAUUCUCAAAUGUUGCAAACUAUUAUUUACUUGAAUUGCAUUAUUAGGUAUUCAUAUUUGCAUUCUCAAUUAAGAAAAAGUUAGCAAGCCAAGAUUACAUUCCCUGUAGCAUUAUUUUAAAUUAUAAUGAGGGAUCACAUAAAACUCUCUAUUAUUUCUCUAAAGCAAUUAUUAUGUAUUCUACUUCCUAUAUUAAUCUAAAUCAGUGAGCAUUGAUGUUUGAACUUUUUAGCUUUAAAUGUUUAUUCUGUUUAUAAUACCUUCUUGAGUAAGAUAAGUUUAAUUCAUAAAAAGCUCUACUACAUAAUUUUAAAUAGAUAAUUUGGCAGUACUUUUGUUUAAAAUAUUUUUUAAGCAGAGGAAUGCUGUAUAUUAUAAAAACUGUUGUCCUGAAUCACUUGCUUAAUAUUAUCUUUUUAUUUUAAAAUGGUGUAUAUGUGGAUUUAUGAGGAAGGUUAUUGUCUUAAGAUUUUACGUGAGAAAAAUGCUUUAAUUUUCUUUUAUUUACAUCAGGAAUUCAAUAAAUCAAUUUUUAAAGCACA